UCAGGUGAUAGCGCGAGUGGCUCUGUGAUUCAAAGAGGUUAAGGGUCUAUUUGGAAAGAAAUGGCAGCGAUAAAGGGCCUCGCUAGAAACAUCCCUUAUUUAAAACAACAAUUCGCGGCCCUUUUAGGAAAUACCAGUACCAGCGUGAAGUUCAUAUGCGUCGUAGUUCUGUUCUCGUACUGCCUUUCUUUUUCCCCAGAAGCAGUGCGCGCUCUUAGCGUGACACCAGGUUAUUUGAUACCACCAGCAUUUUGGAUCUGGACGGCCUUCACUUUUUGUUUUCUUGAAAUACACUUUUGGGAAGUAUGUGCUGACGUUGUGACUGUUGGUCUUUGUGGGAAAUUGAUAGAACCUCUUUGGGGUGCUAUGGAGAUGAUGACCUUUUUUGCGGUUGUUAACUUUGGAGUAGCAGUACUCUCAGCGCUGUUUUAUUUAUUUCUUUACAUGUGCACCAAUGAUACUGAUUUGUUAUUCGAUAUACACAUUCAUGGCCUGACAGGAUAUAUCGCAGGUGUCGCUGUUGCAGUAAAACAGAUUAUGCCAGAUCAUAUUUUAAUAAAGACACCGAUUGGAAAAAUUACUAAUAGGAAUAUACCAUUAAUGGUUUGGAUAGUUGGACUAUCGCUUUGGAUAAUAGGAUUAUUGGAAGGUACACAUCCAACUAUGUUUCUAAGUGGAUUAUUAGUUUCCUGGACUUAUCUUAGAUUUUAUCAAAGACAUAAUAAUGGAACUAGAGGAGAUAUGGCUGAUAAUUUUACGUUUGCAAGUUUUUUCCCAAAUGUAUUACAACCUCCAAUAGCAGUAGUAAGCAAUACUGUACAUGGUUUCUUUGUACGCAUUGGACUCUGUCGAAAAGUAGUUAGAAGAUUUGAUAUGUCAAAUGCACCACCUGGUUUGGUAAUUAACCUUCCUGGAAUUGAUCCCCAUGAUAGUGAAAGACGCAGACAAAUAGCACUUAAAGCACUGAGUGAAAGAUUAAGCAAAGAUCAUACAAAACCAUGGCAACAAGAUCGAACUAAGAAACAUUCUCCUAUACCACCUGCGAUUUCUAUACCAAUUCCAGAAUCUUCUACACCAAAACCACUUGCAUCUCCUCUUAUUCCACAAGUUAAUGUCAAUAUACACAAUCAUCCUUCUACUAAUACGUGAUUACUUGAUGCAGACUGAUUUCAAUAGGUUUAUGUGUAAAUACAUUAAGAAACUUCUAAAGAAAAUGUUCCUAAAAAUGGGUUUUAUAAUAUGGCAAUAUACAAUUAGUAACGAAAUUCUAUAUAUGUAUUUUUCGUUAAAAAUAUAUUUAUAUAUUUAUGUAUAUAAUGCAACUGUUUCUAUAUUUGGUCAUACUAUGAAACAGAAUCAUUCAAAACAAUGGAAAAGUUACACACGUACACGUAAAACAUACGUUAUGAAACAUAAUGUCAUAAACAUUUUAUUUUUACAUUGUAAAAUAUUAUCAAAUGCAACACAUGUAAUAUAAAUUUAUGAACAAAAACUUAUAAAUACUUUCAAAUAUUCGUAAUCAUAGAUAUAAAUUAAUUUAGGAAAAUCAUUAAUUCAUUUUAUAUGUUGCUUCAAAACAAUAGAAUUUACUUUUACUUAUCAUAAAGAUAAAAAAUAAAAUAGCAACUAUAUUAUAAAAAAAAUUAAUAUUUUUUUAAGUUUAAUAAUACGAAAAGAAAUGACCGAAUAAUUAUUAUUACAAAAAAAUAUGUUAAUAACAAUAUACUUUACUUUUUACACUUAAGCAAUAUAUAUAUAGCAAAUUAUAUAUUUGAUAGAAAUCAAUAAAACUUAAGGUAUAUAUAAUGUUGUUAGAUAUAAUGCCAUAUUAUAUAUAUUAAAACAUAAUGAUCUUUAGAAGAUUCUUAAGAAAUAGGAAGUAUUAGAUUUAUCUCCAUAAAACUUGUGAUGCUGUUUUCCAACAGAAACCAUGUUCUUCAUUGCUAAAGAUUAUGGAAUCUAUUCACAUAAUCAGCAAUUGUUGAUAAAUAAUACAAUAAUUUAAAUGUUUUGCGAGGAAAUAACCUCGUAGCUUUAUAAUGCUGUUCCGUCUAAAGUUUAAUAGUAAACCACUGGAAGAUUGAUAAGUGAUGAAAAUGAGAAAUGGCUUCCAGUACAACAGUCGGGCAUUUCCAUUAGGUACACCUUCAAACGUAAAAACAGAUACAAAUCUUUUUAAUGGUAAACUUUUUACAACCACAAUUGUGAAAAUAUUUUGAACAAAGUAGACUGGCAAUACAAAGAACAUAUACACAUUGAAAUCAGUAGCAUAGUUUUCGAGUAAAUAUCUUGUAUAAUUUACAGCUCAUUCAUGAUAUAUUGGGUGUCUCAAUUAAGUUGAAUAUUUAAAUUAUUUCUCCUGCUGUUGAAACCAAGAAAAAAUAAUUAAUAGGAAUUUAUAUGGUUUGCAUAUUAACAACUGUUUUUUAUAAUGUGACGUAGUCAACAUUUAGAUGAAUUAAAAAUGACCUUAAGUAAAAAAAAAUUCAUAAAAAUUGGUUAAUAUGCAAAAAAACGACAAUGACCUUGCAAUGGCAUUUAAAAUGAUAUUGGGAAAAUAUUUUUUGUCAUCAUUAGGUGCAUGCCCUAGAUCCAUAUAAAUUCAUCUUAGUCAUUUUUUCUUACUUUCUAUAUUGGUAGAAAUAAUUUUGAUGUUCAAUUUAAUUAAGACACACUAUAUACUUGUGAUCAAAUUAACAUGCAUAAGUAUAUUAUGAUAGUUUCUUUUUUAUAUUAUCUCUUCACUGAUAUAAUAUCAUUAGAUUCUUUUUUGCAACUAUUAUUUUUGAUAUUAGAAUGUAUGUUGAAAUUCAUAUCUUGAUAAUGAAAACCUUGAAAAAUUAAUUGAGAUAUCAAGUAAAUUUAAUUAUUAUUAGAAUUGUAUUUGAUUCACAAUCAUUGUAUUAAUGUGUUACUGCACAUGCAUGUAUUACAUACAUUCCAAAUUUUUGUAUGUUUAAAUGAAAUGGGAUACUUCUACAUUGUUUAGUAUCAAAUGAAGCUAAUACUGCAAUAGUUAUUACAGAUAAAAUAACUACUUUAAAAAAAUGUAUAAACAGAUUAUGAAGAUAGAACAGUUAUGAUGUAAUUUAAAAAAAGGGAAAAACUAUCUUGAUGGACUGAUGUAAAUAAAUCGAAUGAGUUGUAAAUACAUAAAAUAGGACAUGUAAUGAGAAGGGAACAAAACAUUGAAAAGAAGCAGUGGUUAUGCAUACAAUAGUGUGAUAGAAUAUGGUUCAAAACUAUUUUUAUGUAUGAUAUGAAAACAUUCUGUCAAUGUAUGAGUGUUUGUUAUAAUUUUAGCCUUUCACAUAAUUUUCACAACACAUUUUUUAAGUACUUCUAUUUUAAAAGAUCUUUAGUCAAUUAAUAUUUAUUAUUGAAGGUAUAGCUACUGUUGAAAUAUGAAAGGCUAAAAUUAUAUGUAUGAAUGAACAUUUGUUAAAGUCGUUGGAUAUAUUUUAAGAAAGUAAUG